AUGGAAGUCCCAGGUGGGAGUGCUUUUUUACAAAGGCCUCAUACUUUUGUUAUUGAAAUUUUUCAAGGAUGGCUUUUACAAGAUAAGAAGAAUAACACAGAAGAUAUCUGGAUUAAUCUUGCUAUGGUGGUUGCAUGGAGCAUAUGGAAUGACAGAUGUGAGACUGUCUUUCAAAACAAAAAACCUAAGCCAAGAGUUACUGCGAGAAAAGCUAUUUGCUUUGCUAAUUAUAUUGACAGAUUGUAUAAAAUUACUAGACAAAACCCGCAGAUACCUCAUAGAAAUCUACAACCCAAUGCAGCAUGGAGUCCACCCAAGCUGCCUUUUUUAACUAUCAAUUAUGAUGGUUCUUUUGAUCCCGACACAGGUUCAACUGGAACUUCUUGUAUUUUGCGUGAUUUUGCAGGCAUCUGGAAGGGAUGCGCAUCAAACUGCUAUGUAGGAAUAAAGGAUGCAGAACAAGCUAAAUGCUUGGCGCUUCUUGAUGCUGUCAGAUGGAAUAAAACGAUGCAGCUUACAGAUGUGAUAUUCAAAAAUGAUCUAAAGAAUAUUGCAGACUAUGUUAAUAAAGCUUCACCAGUUAUCAUGGGAGAAUGA